UCAUUCAAUCUUGUACUAAUUUUCCCAGAUAUGUAUACAUAUACAUAUACAUAUACAUAUAUAUAUAUAUACAUUAAAGGAACGCAUUUCUAACACAGAACCCAUUUCUUGGUCAAAUUGUAAAUAAUUCAAUUCUCAAGUUUUGGCUUCAAUGGCUUCAGUUGCUCUCAAACGAUUAGACACAAUUGCAGAAAGCAUGCCUGAUGCCUUGAAGCAGGGACGCUAUCAUAUUAAGAGAUGCUUUGCCAGAUUUGUUGCAGAAGGGAAAAGAUUAAUGAAACGUCAAGAUUUGAUGAUUGAAUUGAAGAAAUGCAUUGAUGACAAACAUGAAAGAGAGAAGAUCCUUGAGGGACUGUUUGGUUACGUAUUAUCAUGCACUCAGGAGGCAGCCGUAGUACCGCCGUUAGUUGCAUUUGCUGUUAAACCAAGUCCUGGUUACUGGGAAUUCGUUAAAGUUAACACUGAAAAUUUAGCUGUUGAUUCCAUCACUUCUUCCCAAUAUUUGAAGUUCAAGGAGAUGAUUUUUGAUGAAAACUGGGCAAAUGAUGAGAAUUGUUUGGAAAUAGAUUUUGGAAGCAUUGACUUCUCUACUCCUAAACUCACUCUACCUUCUUCCAUUGGAGAUGGACUUAAUUUCAUCUCAAAGGUCAUUUCCACAAACCUUCACACUGCUGUGUCUCUGUUCAACUAUUUACAGGGCCUUAAUCAUCAAGGGGAGAAUUUGAUGAUCAAAGAAAAUAUAAACAGCCUAAAAAAGCUCCAAAAAGCACUAGUAAUGGCUGAAGGGAUUGUGUCAGCUCAGCCGAAAGACGCAGUAUAUCAGGAUUUUGAGCACAGGUUAAAAGAGCUAGGGUUUGAGAAAGGAUGGGGAGAUACUGCAGAAAGAACAAAAGAAACAAUGAAUAUACUUUCUGAUGUAUUACAAGCGCCAGACCCUGCAAAGCUAGCUAAUCUAAUUGCCAGGCUUCCCACCAUUUUCAACAUUGUAAUCUUCUCUCCUCAUGGCUACUUUGGUCAGGCAGAUGUACUUGGAUUACCCGAUACCGGAGGCCAAGUAGUUUACAUUCUUGAUCAAGUAAGAGCAUUAGAGGAAGAACUGGUUCUCAGAAUUAAGCAGCAAGGUUUGAGUGUGAAGCCUCAUAUUCUUGUGAUAACAAGGCUUAUACCAGAUGCUAGAGGGACAAAGUGCAAUCAAGAGUUGGAACCUAUUGCCAACACUAAGCAUUCUCACAUUCUUAGGAUUCCAUUCAGGACAGAUAAAGGAAUUGUUCGCCAAUGGGUUUCCCGUUUCGAUAUUUACCCAUAUCUUGAGAGAUUUGCUCACGAUACAAUUAGUAAGGUGCUUGAAUACAUGGAAUGUAAACCUAAUCUCGUAAUUGGAAACUACAGUGAUGGAAAUCUCGUGGCAUCUCUAGUGGCUUCCAAGCUUGGAAUAACUCAGGGAACUAUAGCUCAUGCUUUGGAGAAGACAAAGUACGAAAACUCAGAUGUGAAAUGGAAGGAAUUAGACACGAAAUACCACUUUUCAUGUCAAUUCACUGCUGAUUUACUCGCCAUGAAUGCAGCUGACUUCGUCAUAACCAGCACAUACCAAGAAAUUGCCGGAAGUAAGGACAAGCCAGGACAAUAUGAAAGCCAUACAGCAUUUACGAUGCCUGGUCUUUGCCGAGUGGCCUCAGGCAUCAACGUGUUUGAUCCAAAGUUCAACAUUGUUGCUCCAGGUGCUGAUCAAUCUGUCUAUUUCCCUUACACCAAGAAACAAAAGCGUUUAACCUCCUUCCAUCCUGCCAUUGAAGAGUUACUCUAUAGUAGAGAAGACAACAAUGAGCACAUUGGAUAUCUUGCAGACAGAAGAAAACCAAUUAUCUUCUCAAUGGCAAGACUUGAUACAGUAAAGAACAUUACAGGACUAACCGAAUGGUAUGGGAAGAACAAAAGGUUGAGAGAUUUGGUGAAUCUUGUUGUUGUAGCUGGAUUCUUUGAUCCAUCCAAAUCAAAUGACAGAGAGGAAAUUGCAGAAAUAAAAAAGAUGCAUGCUUCGAUUCAGAAAUAUCAACUUAAGGGUCAGUUCAGAUGGAUAGCAGCACAAACUGACAGAUACCGAAAUGGAGAACUCUACCGUUGCAUUGCAGAUACGAAAGGAGCAUUCAUUCAACCUGCGUUAUAUGAGGCUUUUGGCCUGACAGUUAUUGAGGCAAUGAACUGCGGAUUACCCACUUUUGCCACUAACAAAGGCGGUCCAGCAGAAAUUAUUGUUGAUGGCAUAUCAGGUUUCCAUAUUGACCCGAACAAUGGCGAUGAAUCAAGCAAUAAGAUAGCAGAUUUCUUCGACAAGUGCAAGACGAAUGCUUCAUAUUGGAACAACAUAUCAACAGCAGGCCUUGAGCGAAUCAACGAAUGUUAUACAUGGAAAAUAUAUGCAAAGAAAGUGUUAACCAUGGGAGGUAUGUAUGGAUUUUGGAGGGAGUUGAAUCUUGAUCAGAAGGCAGCCAAAGAUCGUUACAAUCAAAUGAUUUACAAUCUUCAAUUCAGAGAAUUGGCAAAGAAGGUACCGAUCACAACAAAUGAAUCCCAACAACAGGUAUCAGAGAUGAUGACGGAAUCUCAACUCCUGAAACCAACUGAACCACAACAAGAAACACCAUUGGUGACACCUAAACCAGCAUCAGUUUACACAGAAGAACCUAAAGGUCCAGCAGAAGGAAUUAAACAAAUAGCAAAAGAGACAACUGAAUCUCCAAACCAACAAUCAACAAGGCAUGUAGCCAAACCCAAAACCAGCUCAUUAAGAAAACAAAGUGCAUAUAUAUUUCUCCUUUUCUUUCAUCUUCUUUUUCUUUAAUCACUUUUAUUUAAUCCAGAUGCUAACAUUUUUUAAUCUUGCUGGCUAAAACUUGCAAAUAUGUUGGGAAAAAUUUUAAGAGAUAGAUUAGUUUUAAGUAAGACUUGAUUGGAAAUGGGAAAAAGAAAAGUGAGAGAGUAAUAGAAAUACUCAAUUUGUGGUGG